GGGGAAACAUUGUCUCUGUUCGAUUUCAACAUAACUUAUAGAGACAUGGUCCAAGCGCCUCGCCCAAUGACGCUCCCUUGAGCUCACCAGCGCAGCAAAGCCGCUGCCUCCAUGCCAGCAUCGCUUUUGGUCGCGUGCAAUCAACCAGCCUCGCGCUGAAGUCGCAUCAACCUUGCGACUUAUUCUGGACAUGGCCUCACUAUGCCGUUCAUACGCGCACAGCGAGAAGAGGCGCCGACGACCAGACUCGAACACCUAACAUUGGACGGUCAUCUUGGAGAGACUGGGCAAGCUAACUCUUGGGUACUCAACUUAAUGCCUCUUGGUCACGAUGGCAGAAGACCAUAUGUCGUCUCCGCAGACGUUGCAGGGCGACUCGCAAAGGACCGAGUCACCAUCACCGCAAACACUCGAUCUCAGCCAGCUCCCGCCAAUAUUCGUUUCUGCAACUCAUUUCGAAACUAGUGAUCUACACAUGCUUGAAGAGGACCUGGUAGACUGUGGCGCAACACUCACGUACGAUCUUGGAGAGGCAAAGGUUGUACUCAGCAAGGUGCAGAAGAAGCGCCGGAUUGCUUUCGAUCUUAGAGCGAAAGGGUUGUGGACGGAAGAGGUGACCACAACGCGGAGUGAUGUGGACGUCGUCAGAGAAGCAGACGGUCUUCCCUCGAAGCGGCGAAAGCUAGCGAAUGCGGAAGCCGUGGCAGGGCAGGUUGGGAAGUCUCAAGCUGAGGCAAUUAUCAUUGAUGACGAGAGUACUGCAUCCGAGGCAGAGAGUGCUGCAAGACAGAAGCCUGACACUGGAAUCGCUCGACGGAUCAAAGAAGGCAACGGUGUGCGAGCACCGGCCGUCCAGACGCCGCCUCCGACCGAGCCGCUUGUCAGCGUUGUCGAUGUCACCUGGUUCACUGAGUCGAGAAAAGCUGGCACUCCUUUACCAUUGCAUGCAUUCGUCACAUAUCAAUGCCGGCAAGUAAAGCCGCCGCCUGAAGAGCCGUCUCUAAAGCAAACGCCGACCGUUUCUGUUAACACGCGGAAACCAAAUGAGUCCAAGACCGCAGCAGUCAUAGCGGACAAGCCUGGCGCAGAUAUCCUCGAACGUGCAAACGAGGAUGCUGAGCAUGCUCCCAAGUCUUUUGACCGCUUCGGCAAACGCAAAUUUGGCUACCAUAUGCGAUCUGGAGGCGACGCAAGCUGGGCCGCCGGCUCCGGUAAACCCAAAGAAUACGCUCAUCUCCUCCACAAGACAACGACCGAAGACGAGCAAGGCUACUCAAGCGAUCUACCGGAGAUGCCGGACUGGGUCAAGCAAGGCGUUAAGUACGCUUGCCAGCGCUCAACGCCCGGCAACUCACCGAACGAACGCUUCAUUGACCUGCUCAAGAAGAUCAAGCUUGCGCGUCUGCUCACGAAUGAUGAGAUUGGCGUGCGUGCGUAUAGUACUAGUAUUGCCAGCUUGGCUGCGUACCCGUAUAAGAUUGUCAGUCCGAGGGAGAUCAUGGCUUUGCCUGGGUGCGACCAGAAGAUCGCAAAUCUGUUCGUGGAGUGGGCUAAUACCGGCACGAUUAAGGCGGUCGAGGAUGUGGAUGCGGACGACGACCUGAAAGUCUUGAGGCUCUUUUGGGAGAUCUGGGGUGUUGGUGCCACGACGGCGAGAGAGUUCUACUUUGACCGUGGCUGGCGAGACUUGGAUGACAUUGUCGAGUUUGGCUGGAGCACUUUGACGCGCGUGCAGCAGAUUGGCGUUAAGUACUACGAAGAAUUUCUCGACCCUAUCCCACGUGCCGAAGUCGAGGAGAUUGGUCGCAUCAUCCAUCGCCACGCGGUCAAGGUCCGCGAUGAUGGCGUGCAGAGCCUGAUCGUUGGCGGGUAUCGCCGAGGCAAGCAAGCGUGCGGAGACGUCGACAUGAUCGUCUCGCAUAUUGAUGAGGGUCAGACGUUGAAUAUCGUCAACGACAUCGUUGCAAGCCUGGAGGAGGAAGGGUGGAUCACGCACACGCUGCUAUUGUCGCUGAACAACAGUAACCGCGAUCAGCAGACACUGCCAUUUCGAGCGGAAGGCGGUGGACAUGGCUUUGACAGCCUUGAUAAAGCGCUUGUCGUCUGGCAAGAUCCCGAUUGGCCCACAAAAGAUGCAGAUCUUGCUUCUAAUCCAAAAUCGAAGAACCCGAAUAUUCAUCGCCGAGUCGACAUCAUCAUUAGUCCGUGGCGCACCGUGGGCUGCGCGGUAACGGGAUGGUCUGGUGGAACGACAUUUCAGCGCGACUUACGGAGGUAUGCGAAGCACGCGCAUCGUUGGAAGUUCGAUAGCAGUGGCGUAAGGGAUCGGGGAAAUGGGGAGGUUGUGGAUGUGGAAGGAUAUUAUGGGUAUAGCGGACGGAUUGGGUCUGGUAGGGCGAAGACGAUGGUGGAGGCAGAGAAACGCGUAUUCGAGGGUAUGGGACUCGUCUACCGUGAGCCCUCAGAGCGAUGUACUGGAUAAUCGAGCCGCUUGGAAACCGUUGGCUGCGAGAGCUAGCUCGCCUGCUGUUCUUGGGUCACGUGCGCGAUUCCGGAUCGGUUUCGGCCGCGGAAGCUUUGCCGAUCGCUGUACCUCGCGCUCGAACACUGCGACUACUUCACCUUCCUCGAACAUCAACUUUCCUGACAAUGUUAAAGAUCGGAACGGCCGCGCCACCAACGAUGGCCGACCCAGAUGUCGAGCGGCCCUCGAGCGCGAGUGGUCUGAAGCGGAAGCAGAGUGAAGAGCCGGAGCAGGAGAGCAAGAGGCAGCGUGUAUCUCCUGGUAAGAGCU